AUGGCAAGAACUAAACAAACAGCUAGAAAAUCAACUGCUGGUAAAGCCCCAAGGAAGCAAUUAGCUUCAAAAGCAGCAAGGAAAUCAGCUCCAAUCUCUGCUGGUAUUAAAAAGCCACACAGAUAUAGACCAGGAACUGUAGCUUUAAGAGAAAUUAGAAGAUAUCAAAAAUCUACUGAUCUUUUAAUAAGAAAAUUACCAUUCCAAAGAUUAGUAAGAGAAAUUGCUCAAGAUUAUAAAACUGACUUAAGAUUCCAAUCUUCAGCAGUAAUGGCCCUUCAAGAAGCUGCAGAAGCUUACUUAGUUGGUCUUUUUGAAGAUACCAACUUAUGUGCCAUUCACGCAAAAAGAGUUACCAUUAUGCCAAAAGAUAUCCAAUUAGCCAGACGUAUUCGUGGAGAAAGAUCUUAA